AAAACAAUAGAUCACAAUUGUUUGGAAACAAACAGAUCCACGACGGUAACUUUGAAAGCAGCUUUGCUUCUACUGUAGGAAAAAAUGAAGGGAGACUCUCAGGUCAAAGGCGGCGAUGAUUCUGUCCCAAUGGGUUUCCUUCACGCCGGUGGCUUGGGGUUCCGACGGGCUUCUCCGAAGAUAUUCGGAGUUUCGCGGUCUCUCCUCUGCCACUUGUCGGUUGAGAUCCAGACCUUCUCUCAGAUGCUCUUGUCUCAAAAGCAAAUCCACACAGGAAAGCACCGAGUUGGAGAAUGAAGGAGGGUUCUCGGCUUUGGCAUCAGAAAUCCCGUGGGAAGAGAAGAACAUAUGGAGCACAUUGGCUGUUUACAUGUUCUGUCUGCAUAUCCCUCUCAGUUUUGGGGGUUUAUCCAUCGUUGCCCGCAUACUCCACCAAAGGCUUCUUGAUCCUCAGACCCAAGUGCUGUCACUUGUCUUUCUCCAAAUGGUAGAACUAACAGGGACAGUCUUGCUGCUGAGGAACACUGCGAAGCCGGAAUGUAGAUCGAUCAACUUUCUAAAGGGUAAUAAUGACUCAAGAGAAGGAAGAAACUGGGUGGUUGGCUCAGCAAUGGGUUUAGGAUGUCUUGUGGGAUUUAUCUUUCUCACCUCACUAGUAGCUGAUCAACUCUUCGGUUCUAAGGCAGUACAAAACUCGGAAUUGGAGAAGAUAAUGGCGAGCGGGGAAGUGUCGAGAAGCGGGUGUUUUGCACUAUACUGCUUGGUAGCUCCGAUGCUAGAGGAGAUUGUGUACAGACGGUAUCUAUUGAGCUCCUUAGCGUCGAGAAUGGAAUGGAGGAAGGCACUUGUGAUAAGCUCAGGAGUAUUUGCAGCAGCUCAUUUCUCGGGGGAGGAUUUGGUGCAGCUUUUUGGGAUAGGGUGUGUUCUAGGUGCAUGUUACAGCUGGUCAGGGAAGUUAGCCUCGUCGGUGGUCGUCCACUCCUUGUACAAUGCCUUGACACUUCUCCUUACGCUACGCUCUUAGCCUUAAUCAAUGGAUGAGAGGCAGAGAGAGAUUCAUUUCCCUUGUCAGUUACGUCAUCAAAAUAUAUAGUAUCUCUCUCUCUCUCUCUCUCUCUCUCUGUUAAGACAGUGUCUAAACCGUGUGCAUAUAUUUGUUGUUGUACGUGUAUGCAGCUGAUCUGUUCCUUUUAGAGAGAGAAUCUCUUCUCCUUUACAAUUAAAUGAAAGGGAGAAGUUAAUUAACAAGAAGGAGA